AUGGAGGACCGCCAAUAUCUCCUAUCUCAUCCGUUGCCAGAGCUGGAAAGGAUCGAACCAAAUGUAGUGCACUGGAGCGAUGCCCAUCUCAAUGAGUUGCGAUCGAUCUACAGCAACUCUGCGCAGUCCUUGGUCAAGAAGUUCGAGCAGGAGGUGGCGCGACCCGAGUGGACAUAUCACACCGACAAGAAGGAGAUCUCGAUGUGCGUGCGGCCCAGCUCCACGGCCGGCUCGCACUACUCGCUGUCCACCACCACCAUCCACUGUCCACCGACCGUCUGCAACUCAUACAUCAACGACUGGGAGUGUCGCAAUCAAUACGACAAGUUCUUUGGCGAUGCCGUCACCCUGCACCACUUCCUCACACACGAUGCUUCAUUGGCAGCCAAGUACAACAUCCCCUAUUCCAAGCAAUAUGAUUGUAUGCUACAAACUGUUACAACAAGCAAGAGACUAUGGUUAAAGCCUCGUGAGUUCAUUGUACUUUCACUGUCAGGUCCUCACCCUUCAAGACCAAGAGCAAUGAUAACAGUUGGUACAACGAUUGCAUUCAGUGGUGCACCACCAACCAAUGAAUGUAUUAGAGCAACUUGCGAUCUGAUGGCAUGGCUGUUUGAACCAAUCAAUGAUGGACGAACAUCAAAGCUGACACAUAUACUGAACUUUGAGUUUGGUCGCGACUCAAACUCAUUGACAGAGACACUGAUGAUACCACUGUUUCCCAAGAUGCCCGUCACCAACUGCUUCACAAAGCUUACAUAUAUACGAUCGAAGCUCAACGAGUUGUUUCGCAGCUAUCCCGAUCCAGACGUCGCAGUGCUGCACAUCAGCAAGUCGAGUGGCAAUCUUGGCGCGAGCAGCAGCAGCAGCAACAAUCUUGGCAUCAGUACCAAUCAAUUGGCACCAAGCACAAGCAGUAGCAAGAAGAAUACAUCACCAUCAACAUCGGCUGGAUCACUGAGUCACAGUCACAGCUAUGAAAUAUCAUCACCAACAAACAAUCAUUUGUCGCCGAGUAGCAGCUCCAAUCUCCUGUCGCUGGCAUCGUCCACCACGUCAACGUCGUCGUCGUCGUCUGGAUCGAGCCUGGCGCCGCUGCUCUCGAGCAACUCGCACUCGCCUCACUACAAGACACCCAGCUCCAAGAAGAAGCACUACAUUCUCACCAACAAUUUCACAAUGCAUCCAAACGAUUGGGCGCAAUCGAUACUAAACUACGAGAAGGAAAGUCUGUGGAUGCCCGUCAUCAUUGGAAACAACAAGAACCUGGACAGGAGCGUGACCGUGCUGUACAAGCGCGUCAAGGGCACGCGUUCGGGCAAGAAGGUGCGCAAGCUCAUGAUCAAGACCAUGUUCGAGGUGCCCCAUCCCGUCGAGCGCAUGAACGAGCUGAUGCUGGAGAAGGAUCUCACUCACUUCCACUGGGACCCCUUUGCGCACACGAUCAAGGUGGCUGACAAAGGCGCCAUCGUCAGUGGCGGCGGACACACCGUCACCAAGAAGCUGCGACUCAACCACCACAUCCCCAGCUACAAGGUGCAAUGUCUGCACUAUCAUGGCUACGUGGGCAACCGAUCAUACUCAAUCGAGGAGCGAGACAAUGGCGACGUUGUACUACUCACGAUGAGCAAGUCGCCCUCGGACCCAAAGGCCGAGCGAACACUGGUCGAGUGGUACUUCUUCAUUUUUAGCGAGAACUGGGUCGACAAGGUCGAGCCAUCCGCCGACUUCUUUGUCACACAAGUUCAAAGAUCAAUCGGUUCCUUCUAUGGUGCAUCCUCCAACUCAACAGGUGGUGUGAGCAGCAGUGGUAGCAGUAGUAGCAGCAAUAGUAUCAUCAAGUCUCAACACAACAAUCAUAUCAGCAACAACAACAAUAACAAUAACCUACGCAACAACAAUAGUAACAACAGCAACAACAAUAACCUCCGCAAUCACACAUCAGAUACGAUGAAGAUAAUAGAUAUCUUUAUAGACGUUGUCAAUAUUAUAUAUCCAAAGUUCUCGACUGAACAAACGAUCGAUGUUCUCAAGUUGCUGACGAUCGAGACGUCUCAGCAACAGAUCAAACUGGCACCAAUUGUCAACAACACCACGCCAACUGCCACCAACUCCACAUCCACAUCCCCAACAUCCACUUUCACAUCAACAACUACGACCACCACCAACAACAAGCGCGAGCUGCAACACGAUGACGAGAUCACCGACUCGUACUCGAUGGGCAGCGACGACAACUACGACUCGAGCGUGUCUGUACAGAGAAGCAAGCGGUCCAAGGAGCACCACUACCACAACCAUCAUCUGGCCACAAGCAUCGACAUGCACCUCGACUCGUCCUCCACGUUUUCCUCUUCCUCUUACUCCUCGACGAUGCACAACAGCAUCGAUAUCCUACUGCCUCAUUUCAUCCCAACUACCAACAAACCGAUCUUUUCCAACAAUUUUCAAAGUACCUUGGCUGCUCCGCCAGCAGUCACGCCUUCCACUCCACCAACCAGCAGCGCCGGAAGCAGCACCAGCACUAUCUCACCACCCCAGCCCCUGCCCACUUCUCCAAUGCAAUCAGACUUUCCAUCAGCAGCAGCGGCGACACAGACCAAGAGCAGCAUGCACUCGAUCCUGCUCAUGCCUGGCGAGAUACUCAAUCACAUCUUUUCCUACUUUGGCGACGAGGACCUUUGUCGAUGCUCGCGCACAUGUCAUGUAUUCAAACGUAUAUCAGAGGGCGACGCGCUAUGGUACUGCCAAUAUGUGCGUAGAUUUGGCAAGUGCUGCUUCAAAAAGAACCCUCUCGACACACUUCUGCCGCCCAACCCAGCCAUGUGGGACAUCUAUCGCAAGACGACCUUCCCGAGCGAGGUGCUCGAGCCGCCCUUCAAAGACCCGCGCCUCAUCUAUUUCCUUUCCAAGGAGACACAGUACGAGUCGAUCGAGCAGAGCUGGAAGAAGAAGUUCUUCUACAAGAUCAGGAUGGAGGCGCUGUGGUGCCUGUGCACGGGAGAGCAGCCUCUGAACACUGGAGGUGACUUUGCCCCGUCGUCUGAAGACGAAGCCUUCACGCUCAUGUCCAUUUGCAGCUACAAGAUCUCCCCGUCGCUCUAUGCCAUCAUCCCCAACUCCAAGGACGAGUCGAUCUCAGCCAUACUGCUCAAUCACAACAAUGCCUUCUUUGCCACCAACACUGGCGACUACUACAAGGUCAACCUGCUCGAGGUGAUGGAGAACUAUGACAACCUUUUCACAAAGCUCGACGUUCGCGGCGUCAUCAAGUCGCAGCCGGCUGCGCUGUCGCCCCCGCUCUCUCUGGAUGCAUCGAUCGACAGCAACACUGACACGGCAAUGACCUCGACCGUGUCGAGUCACGACACAUCCGAUGACGACAGCAACUCUGCCGACAACAACACGCCUCACACAGUUGCAAUGUGGCUGAACCAGCAGAACGACCUGCACUCAGUCAUGUCAAAUAGGGUCCUGUACAGCUACAAUCUCGACACAAGCCUGGACAAGGGCUCGGUCACUCUUGGAAACUCAAGGGUGCCGUCCACGUGGGACAUCACUGGCGCGUGGCAGAACUAUCAAGGCGACCACCUGGCCGUCCACUACAACAGCCACUCGGACGACUCGAUCAACGACGACUUUGACACCAUCCUCGACAUUUUCAACGUGGAGACGGGCCGCUUGGUCACAACACUGGACAAGCGCGAGCAGAUCACAUGCGCCAGCUACAACUGCAAUAGAGUGGCCGUCGGUGGCCAGUCCGGCCCCAUCGAUCUCUUUGACUGCUACACGGGCAACUCUGUCAUCUCCCUGUUGGGCCACAACGACCAUGUGCUCGCCUGUCGACUGCUUGACGACGAGAACUGCGUCGUCAGUGCUGGUGUCGACAAUACGGUCAAGUUCUACGACGAACGUGCUGGUCCCUACUACCUGAAGCGUCUGCAGUCCCAGUAUCCUGUCAAGACAUUCGAUGUGACGCCCACGCGAUUGAUCUGUGCCACAUCGACCAAGAUCUCUUACUGGGAUCCGAGAAACCUACAGAGACCUAUCGGCGAGCUCUGGAGUCCACUGACAACGGACGUUGUAAAUAUCCAGCUGUCUCAAUUCAAUGUGAUGGUACUCUAUUCGAAUGGAAUAUCACAUUGUUGGGACUUCCGAUAA